AUUCGUGUGAUCAAAUUUUCAUCAAAUUCGGCAUCUCUCUCUCUCUCUCUCCAUUCAUAGACGAACAAAAGGGUUCGCUUUUGGGAGAGGAAGCCGUAUUUGGAGGUUUUGAUCAUGCAUUUCUAGGGUUUUGUGUUUGUUCCUCUUGAUUUGUCUGUAAUUUUAGAGUACAAAAAAGAAGAGGAAGAAAUUGGUAUAGAAAUAUGGCAGUGUAUUACAAAUUCAAAAGUGCGAAAGAUUACGACUCAAUUCCCACCGAUGGUCAUUUCAUAUCACUCAUCAAUUUGAAAGAAAAGAUAUUCGAAUCGAAGCAUUUGGGUAAAGGUACUGAUUUUGAUCUCGUUGUCACCAACGCCCAGACCAACGAAGACUUUUCUCUGUUUGAGAUUUCAGAGUACCUCGAUGAAGCAAUGUUGAUUCCGAAAAAUACGUCUGUUUUAAUUCGUCGAGUUCCUGGACAACCUCGCAUGCGCAUAAUUACUCAGCCAGUUAUUGAACAAGACGAGCCAAAGUUGGAUACUAAUAAGUUUGAUGAUGCUCAACAAGCAAAGAGUAGUUUCCUGGGAGCUGAUUCAUCUGCCAUGAAAUAUUCAGAAGAUUCAGAAUGGGAUGAAUUUGGAAAUGAUUUGUAUGCAAUUCCUGAGGUUUUACUAGUUCAGGCUAGCAAUUCAAUUCAGGAUGCUCCCCAUUCUAGCAAAGCUGAUGAGGACAGCAAGAUCAAGGCUUUUAUUGAUACUCCAGCCCUUGAUUGGCAGCGUCACACUUCCGAUGGCUUUGGCCAUGGUAGGGGUUUUGGACGGGGUGGUGGUGGAAGAAUGAUGGGUGCUCGUGGUUUUGGUCAAGGUGGGUUAGAGCGGAAAACACCUCCACAGGGCUAUAUAUGUCAUAGGUGUAAGGUGGCUGGGCAUUUUAUUCAGCACUGCCCUACCAAUGGAGAUUCUAACUUUGACAUCAAAAGAGUGAAACCUCCUACUGGUAUUCCAAAGUCCAUGUUAAUGGCAACCCCAGAUGGCUCAUAUGCAUUACCAAGUGGUGCUGUUGCUGUCUUAAAGCCAAAUGAGACUGCUUUUGAAAAAGAGAUGGAUGGGCUGCCUUCCACUCGUUCUGUUGGUGAUCUUCCACCUGAAUUUCGCUGCUCUUUGUGCAAACAAGUUAUGAAAGAUGCAGUGUUGACAAGCAAGUGUUGUUUUAAGAGUUUUUGUGAUAAGUGUAUAAGAGAUUAUAUCAUGUCUAAGUCAGUCUGUGUCUGUGGGGCCACAAACAUAUUAGCCGAUGAUCUGUUACCCAACAAGACACUCAGAGACACAAUUAAUAGAAUAUUGGAGUCCAAUAACAGCAGUGCAGAAAAUUCUGUCAGUGCUUUCCAAGUCCAAGAUAUGGAGUCUAAGAUUCCACAAGCUAAGAUGGAGUCUAAGAUUCGGUCUCCUACUCUUUCUGCAACCUCAAAGGGGGAGCUAGUACCCCCACCUCAAAGUUCAGCCUCAAAGGGGGAGCAAGGACCACCACCUCAAAGUGAAGAGAUUUCUAAGGUAAAAGAAACUGGAUAUCAGUUAAGUGCUAUUAAUGCUCCACAAAACACCUUGGAGAAAGGGAGGAUCGGAAAAGCUGCAUAUGCUUCUGAAGCUAUGCAUGAUUUGAUGAGUGUAAAACCUGCAUCGCAACGGAGUGCUCUACUGGCUGAUGAAGAAAUGCAACAGAAGCCAGUUUCUGGCGAGGCAGUAAAGAAGAACAAAAAGAAGAAAACUCGAUUGCCUUUGAAUGCUGCAGAGAUGCAGUGGAAAACUUCUCAAGACCUUGCAGCUGAGAACUAUAUGAUGCCUCAGGGCCCUUCUACCUAUAAUCCAUACUGGACUGGCAUGCAGCCUGGCAUGGAAGGAUAUGUAGCCCAAUAUGGUGGUUCCAUGCCCUAUAUGGGUUAUGGGUUUGGCCCUUUAGAUGUUCCAUUUGGUGUCUUACCUCAUGCCCCGUUUGGAGGUCACGGUUAUAUGAUGCCUCCAGUCCCACCUCGGAGAGAUGUUGCGAAUUUGGGGAUGGGCUUCAAUCCUGGACCCCCUAUGAUGAUGAGAGAGGAAUCUGUGGCUCGGAAUGCUAAUCUAAGGUGGAAGCAUGAAAUUGAGAGACGGGGUGAAAGCAGGGAAUUAUCCAAAGACCGAGAAUUCAGAAUGGAAGUGAGCAGCAGUGGGGACAUUUCUUCUUCGUUGAAAUCAAAUCAUAUGUAUCCUCCACAACCACCGAGCGCCGACCACCGCCGCCACCGAUCUGGGCCGUCGGCGGCGGCGGAACGGAAUGACCGCCGUGAUCCCGAACUUCCUCGCCUAUCUUCCAAACGAAAACCUGAUUACGACUAUGACUAUGAUCCUCGCGACCACGACGAUCGUCGCAGUCACCACCGUCGCUCAGCCCUAGAACCACCACCGCACAAAUCCACCGCCGCAGCGGAACAACAACACAUCAGCAAGCAGAAAUCAAGCGUCUUCUCUCGCAUGAGCUUCCCGGACGAAGAAGCAGCAGGAUCAAAGAGGCGAAAGCUCUCUUCUUCGUCUGAAUCCAACAAGAAGUCGCCAAUGUCGAUGAAGUCAGUGUCGGUGUCGAGAAAGGACGGUGGUGGUGUAGAUUGUGGUGAGUCGAGUGAUGAAGAUCGGCAUUUCAAGAGAAGGUCCUCAAGGUACGAGCCGCCAGCAACGGCGACGGCGACGGAGUGGGAGGAGGAGGGGAGGCGAUCGAGAGACGAUCGAGAUCGCGGUGGUGGUGGUGGUUACAGCCACCACAGAUAGAGUGUAGAAAGAAAGUCGAAUUGCUGUGUUUUUCAGCCGAAGCUGCUCUCUCUCUCUCUCUCUCUCUCGGUGAGUGAUUUGAGGAGAGAGGAGGAGGAGAUGCCUAGAGUGACACAUGUCAUGGAGUAUGAAAUGAGCUCUCUCCCUGUAUUUGCUUUUAUUGUGUAAUAAUGAAAAAUAUAUAUAUACACUAUCAAUAUAUUAGAUAAAUUUUGAUA